UUGAAAUUCUUAAGAAAAAUAUUUUUUUAAGUUAUUUGAAAUAAAACACCACGUACCGUCUUGUAUACAUCAAUUAAGAUUAAAAGGGGGAACCCCAUAAAGUCACGUGAGCCUGCACCCUGGUAACGGCUGUAUAUGUUGUCAUACUAGGGUGGUGUUAUGUUGGCGACCUACACGCCGGUUAUCAGCUACCAUUAAUCAGAACCGGUCAGUACCAAGUGUAGUUUUGUAUAGUUUUGGAAUGCUAGAGGAAGAAUUUUAUCUUGAGUUUUAGAAACAUAUAGGUCAUAGAGUAACAUACUAUAAUAUGCAUUUACAUGUUCAUUUCAGGUGCUAGUUACAUUUGACUUCAGGCGCUAUCUGAGUGGUUAUCACCAGGCAACAUGAAGCAGGCACAUCUUCUACUUGUCGGCAUGGCAGUCCUGGUGUUUUUCGGCGCAGCUUACAUUUAUGGUCUCGAUAAACAGACGCUCACGCCCGUUGAAAUAUUUUGGAUGCAGAAAGAUUAACAGAAUGCAUUACCCAAAGCAGAUGAAUCACGUGACUACAUGAUCCCGAAUGACGUCGAGCUGAAGAACAUGUCCAAUACGCAAUGGAAGCAGAUAUAUUGGAAGUAUAUAAACCGCCUUCAGACGCUGUGCAAGGACGUGGUCCGGGUAGUGAAGCUGAAGGACGGGGGAAAAGAGAUAUGUGCUGACGAACGCUACAGGCCGAGAGCUCCAUGCAUCAUAUACUCGUUCGGCAUAAACAAUGACUUAUCGUUUGACAACGAAGCAGUAAAAAUGUUUGGAUGCGAUGUAUUCUGCUUUGAUCCGAGCAUGAAGAUGGAGUCGAAACGCAUUUCAGACCAUGUCUGGUUUUACAAUUGGGGACUUUCUGGAGAGAAUACGGUCGACAAGCAAGGCUGGAAGAUGAAAACUCUGAGAACCAUUAGAAAUGAUCUCGGACACUCGAAUAAAACGAUUGACAUCUUAAAGAUGGACAUAGAGACGUUUGAAUGGAAUUCCAUGCUGCAAAUGAUUCCCGCAGGAGACCUCGAUGACGUCAGACAGUUUGCUGUUGAGACACACUUCAUGCAUGGUAAAAUUCCAGGAAACUUGCAGUUAUCAGCCCUUAGACAACUGUAUGACAGAGGCUUUCGGAUAUUCAUGAGGGACAGAAACAUAAUUGCCGGGAUAGAAGGGUCUAUGACAAAAUUGAAUGAGAUUUCAUUGAUCAACGUUCUCUACAGUUUGGAGACGUGAAGCACGGUAAUAAAAAUAAGUUUUAUUGGGGUGUUGUGUUAUUUGUGUUUUGAUAUCAUAUACAUUUAGACACUCAUAUUCAUAUUGUUUCUAACAAUUUUGUUUCUAACAAACAAUUUACAAUAUCGUGUGUAUAUUGUUUUAUUGUAAAAUAUUUAUAAAAUUUGUUAUAAUUGUGUUGGUGGGAAAAACGUUUUUUUAAAUAAACAAUGCCACUUGGUAAUCAUUAUCGAGUUUAUAUUAAGUGUUUUUAGCAUGACAGGAAAUAUUUAAGUGACGUAUAUCAUGUAUUAAUCGUAUAUCAUGUUUUAUUGUUUAAAGCUGUUUUCAAUAUCGACACUUUUUUCCAAUUUUUUUUGUUUCCUUUUUACUGCCUUCAUUCAUAAAAAUCAUUAUUAUUUUAAUGGACAGAACAGAAAAAAUAUAUUGUAUUGUGUCCCGCGUGAUAACGCCAGAUAACACAGGGCCGCGAGAUAACACGUGAUCGCUCGUCGUCUUGUCUCGAUGCAUUCAAACUUUCGUUAAUGAUAUAUCUCUGAUAUAAAUGAAAUUACCUUUUUAAUCUCUUAUUACAUUAUAUUAUUGUAAUAUCUUUCGUAUUUUAUGUGUAUUUGUUUGCAGUUGUGUACUAAAAUGGGUUAAAAAAAGUAAUUGUUUGUAAUAAAUAUUGUGGUUUGUAUGGGUAAUUUGUUUUUUAUUAAGUAGGAAUAUGCAUGAACAAAUUUUUUUAACAUAUUACAUUAAUACUACAGA